AUGGCGCCCACAAACUCGUGCCGAAUGCUACGCGAGUGGUUCGAGCGGAACCCCGAAAAUCACCUGCAUCUUCACUACUGCCCAGCCCACUCGAACAUCGAAGAGAACGAAGCGGUCGACGCGGACGUCAAAUUCAAGGCACGCACACAUGUUCUGGACCUGCCGAGGGAGGAGUACCGCGGCCAACUUGCAACGUCGUACGCCUACGUCAAGAGCGGCAUCACGGGGCUAGUUCUGAGCCAGUGGGACGAGAUGGCCGACGCCAACCCAGCCAAGUACUGGGGCCGCACACAUCUGCGGCACCCGGCCUUCCGCCGCUUGACCCACACAAAGUCCUAUCCGCUCAAGCGCCUCGGCGGACGCCCAACGCUCACCGCGCGAUUCAUCCGAUGCAUCACAAACCACGCCCCGACCGGAUGGUAUCGUGAUCGCUUUCGGGCGAGAGCGAACGAGCCCACCAUGUGCACCCUCCACGACGGCCCGCCGGCUUACCACACGCGUGAACACGUUCUAUUCCACUGCAAUCACUACACUCGCAAAUACCGGCACUCCAGCAUCGAAGACCUCCUCGGAUCCAUGGAUCCCUUCUACGACAUCCAGUGCUUCCUCGCGGACAACCCCACGGCGCUGUCGUCGCCAUGUUUUUGGUGCGCUUGA